AUGUCAUUUCCUCUUCGUGAACUUGGCAGAACUGGUGUCAAAAUACCCACGAUUGACCUAUCGAGGAUACUGUCGGCUUUAGCAGAACUUGUUAAAGAAAGAAAAAUUAAGUAUAUUGAUCUUUCCGAAUGCUCUGUCGAAACUCUUCGACGCGCCAUAAAGUUCAUCCAAUUGCCGCAGUUCAACCUUGGACUCUCGAUAUUGAAAAAAAAUGGGAUUAUGGAAACUUGUCGUGAAUUAGGUAUCACUAUAGUAGCAUAUAGUCCACUUGGACGCGGGUUUCUAACAGGGAGAUAUAAAUCUUUUGAUGAUUUAGAACCGGGUGACAUUAGAAGAACUCAUCCUCGAUUUCAACCUGAAAAUUUUGCUAAAAACCUAGAACUUGUACAUAAAUUCAUGAAUUUGCUAAAAAGAAAAUGUUACUUCAACCAUGAUGUUGUUAUCCCCGGUACAAAGAAAGUUAAAUAUUUAGAAGAAAAUCUUGGGGCAAAUUAUUAA